UUUUCUUUGAUCUUCAACAUCUGCCAGAAAGCCAAGCGUAGCUAUCAGAAGGAUGUAGCUAAUCUUCAGUCCAGAGAUUCUAAUGCUGAUGCUUUAGAUGAUCAAGAGAAAUGGGAUUAUGAUGGCACUUCGGGCUACUACUUCAAUUCCAGCAACGGCCUUUACUAUGACCCAAAAUCGGGCUUUUACUAUUCUGAUGCUAUAGCCAAGUGGGUGACCCAGGAAGAGGCAUAUGCCACAGCUCAGAGUUCUGUGGAUUCCAAACAUAAACCCAGGAUGAAAGGUCCAUUACCAGCAUCAGGAGCAGGACCAAUUAAGGAAAAUAAAGAUUCUGUGAAAAGUCAAACUGGUCCUGCACCAGGGCCUGUUGUUUCAGCUUCACUAAAUCCAUUGAGAUCUGUCAAAGGUGCUCCAUCAUCAGUAACUGUUGGCAAGAGAAAGAGGGAAGAUAAUAAGCCAAAGCAGAAAGCAAAGCCCGUAAAUGCAGAAGAAGCAGCGGCACUUAAAGCUAGAGAGGCUGCAAGGAAGAGAGUCGAAAAGAGAGAGAAACCAUUGCUCGGUCUGUACCAGUCUCGUUGAUCCAGAACUGCUCAAGAAUCCUUCAUUUCUCUCAUUGACAAGGGGGGGCUUGCUUGGGUGUGGUAUUAUUCACUUCCUAUGCUUGAGAGAAACCAUUUCUCUUAUCAUGAUUUUUCUUUCGCAAAUGUAAUCGAAUAACUGUUUGUCUGAUUGGCAACUCUCUUAAAAAUGUAAUUGUUGUUUCCGUCGGGUCAGGUGAAAGUAGUGCCCCUCUUACAGUUUGUACAUUACAAUCUAAAGAAUACUAGAACAAGCCUUAUAGUUCUGGAAUCAUUUCAAUAGCCUUCUUUCUUUCUGAAGUGCAUCUUGAACAUGAAACUGAAGACUAUUCUUCUAUGGAUUCAUUUUGUUCUCAGAAUUGCUUCAUAGUGUCAAGGAGGCUUGUUUCUUUACACAUUGAAAUUAAACAUUGUUAAGGCCUAUGCUUAUGGUAGCAGA